UCCUUUUGUGCAAAUGUCUGGCAGGGGUGACGUGGGGCCACUCCUCUGGGCACAGCUGUGGCAGUGCCUGGAUGGAGGUAGGGCCUGGGCAAUAGUGCCCUCCUAGAUCCUCCCGACAUGCAGCCUGGGGGCCUCAGCCUGGCCUAACCCUACUUCCAGGGACUCUGUCCCCAGAAACCACAAAGAUGGCCAGUUUGUGGAGCUUUUCUCUGUCUAGCUGCCUCUUCUCCCUGCUCCUCCUCCUCCAGCUGUCCUCCAGCUAUGCAGGACAAUUCAGAGUGAUAGGACCGGCGCAUCCCAUCCGGGCUUUGGUUGGGGACGAAGCAGAACUGCCGUGCCGCAUAUCUCCCGGGAAGAAUGCCACGGGCAUGGAGGUGGGGUGGUACCGCCCUCCGUUCUCUCGAGUGGUUCACCUCUACAGAAAUGGCAAAGACCAAGACGCAGAGCAGGCACCUGAAUAUAGGGGGCGCACAGAACUUCUGAAAGAUAACAUCAGCGAGGGAAAGGUUACCCUCAGGAUCCAGAAGGUGAGGUUUUCGGACGAAGGAGGCUUCACCUGCUUCUUCAGAGACCACUCUUACCAAGAGGAGGCAGCAAUGGAGUUGAAAGUGGAAGAUCCCUUCUACUGGAUCAACCCUGGGGUCCUGGUGCUGAUCGCACUUCUGCCUGCACUCCUCCUGCAGGUUUCCGUGGGUGUCGUCUUCCUCUUUCUGCAGCACAGACUCAGAGGAAAACUUCGAGCAGAAGUUGAGAACCUCCAUCGGACUUUUGAUCCUCACUUCCUGAGGGUGCCCUGCUGGAAGGUAACACUGUUUGUUAUUGUACCUGUUCUUGGACCCCUGGUUGCCUUGAUCAUCUGCUACAACUGGCUGCACCGAAGACUAGCAGGACAGUUUCUCGAAGAGCUAAGAAACCCCUUUUGAGUGAUGGUGCCACUUCCUGGAAUGAAGGGGAGCCUGGCAGUCCAAGAGACAGGUCGUUGGGGACGUCUCUCAUUAGCCUCUGGGCUACAGGCACCUUCCAAUCUACAUCGACAGAAACACCCCGGAUUCCAAAUAGAAUUUGAUUUCCCUUCUUCAACUAUCUUCCUUUCCUCAGCUCCUUCCUUCCUCUAAUUUUUGCCUCCCACAUCUUUUUGCCCUGUCUCAGUCUCCCUCCAGGAAGCACCCCACAGCUGAGGGCAGGCAGUCUGUCAGAAGACACCUGUGUGUCAAAGUAAUGCAGGAGCGAUUCUGUCAAACAGGAUACCCAGCACCUCUACAUUACAAACACCAGCUGAACAAAUGGUGGAUGUUUCUCCCAAGAUUGCAGCCUUGUCUGGGAAGAGCAGCAACGUAGAUAGUAGGGGACAGGGACAGAAGAUCUCACAAUAAGAGAGACAGAGUAUGAAUAUGGAGCCUGAACCCACACCCACAGAUGGGAUCUAACAAACUCUGAGAAGAACACCAUCCUGCUUGGGCAGCCUGUGGAAAGGAGGACCUUGGGAAACAAGGGUUGAGAAUGGGGCGCCCUGUCUUUUCUUUUCUGCUUCCCUUAGCGUCCUUUAUACUCCCUGCCUCUAUUUUCUCCCAUCUUCAUUCCUCUCAGAACAUGCACUGUUUAUUCAGCAAUUACUGCUUGAUGGUCUACCAGACACAAACAAGCUAGGUGCUAAUUAAUAAUACAAGUUUACUGUGCACACUUCUUUUCCUUUCCUUGUGGAGUCUUUUGUCACCCACUCAACUCUCCUAUCCAAACCUCCUGAGCCAGAGGCCAGCCUUCAGAAAAUCCGAAAUGCAAAGACUAAGAUGACUCUCUUUGUUUUAAAAAUUGUAUUUAUUUUGUGAGGUGGGGAGAUACGUGGGAAGGGCAUGGGUGAGGUCAGGAGGUCAGGGUGAGUGGCAAGUGCCUUUGCCCACUAAGCCGUCUCACCAGCCCCAAACAGGCCUUUUAUUUAUGUUUCAGGAAUUCUCACUGCAUGCAAAAUUCAUCUUGUCUUCCUAGAUUUCAUUUUUUUCCAAGGACUCCUUUACUUUUAAAAUAUUUUCUAGCUUCAAGGAUGUUAGAGUCCAAGAAAAGCCCCAAGGAAAGACCAGCCACAUAUACAAAACAAGAGCACUUUAUUAAUUCUAAUGUUGGGGUGCCACCUGGUGACCCCAGAUAAGAUUAAAAAGCUCCUUUUAAACGGAGUUAGGGGAAAUUCAGAGAGGAGGGAUUAAUCUGGGGACUGGUUGGUAGAGGAAAUAUUAGUCUGUGGGCUGAAUGGUUGGAGGUUCUAGUGGUUAGGGACCUUCAGGCAGCAGGCUAGGGAAAGCUAUCUUUAAUUAUCAGGAGACUUGAUUUCACUGGAAACAUAAAAGUCAAUACCUCUUACAGGAUCAAAGAUUGAAACAUAGAUUCUGUUACCUGAAUAUGUGUGUGGUCCCCCUGGGCUCAGACCCAGGGUCUGGUCCAUGCAAAACAAGGGCUGUACCACUGAUCAUUGCACACACCCCAAGCUCUGUGACUUAGAGUUUUAAUAUAUAGAUCCAGUAUUUACAUUAUUCAUAAUUGAUCUAUCCCCUGAUGACUUAAGCUAAAAAUAUGAUUAGGCCAGAAAUGCAAAUAGUG